AUGGAUGAUAUAAAUAAUAAUAAUAAUAAUAAUAAUAAUAAUAAUAAUAAUAAUAAUAAUAAUAAUAAUAAUAAUAAAGAUAGUAAUGAUAGAUUGUUUUUUUUGGUAUUUCGUAAUAAAUAUUUAAGAUCAAAUAUCAGCUACCAUUUAAAUCUAUUCAAAGAAAAUAGUGGUGUUAUAUUAGUAAAAUCAAUUUACGAAUUUGUUAAAUACCACCCAUACAGGGAAUAUGUUGACGACCUAAAGUAUUUCUCGAAUCAGCCUUUGGAGUCUAUGGGUGAUAUAAGUAGUAUAAGAUAUUUGGAUUUGUUUAUUUAUACAAGACCUAUUUUUAAAGAUACUUUACCAAUUGAUAUCAAACCAAACGUUUUACCUCCAUUACUUCAAGCUUUUACUGUUUUCGGACCAUUUAAUAAAGAGUUGAUUGAAGGGGUAUUACCACCUUCUUUGGAGUCAUUAAGGUUGUUGCAAUUUAACCAACCCAUAUCACCACAUCAAAUACCAGAGUCGUUGACAUAUCUAAAUAUUCCAGAGUUUAACCAUAGUCUAAAUCAAGGUGAUCUGCCAUCAGGAAUACAACAAAUUUGGUUCAAUAGAUUUGAUCAAUCAAUUAUUGCAGGGUCUCUACCUUCCAGCCUCACACUUCUUUCAUUAGGUAAUAGAUUUAAUAAACUAUUAUUCCCAAACUCUCUUCCCACCAUAUCUACACUAAAAAUUGGAGAAUCUUUUAACCAACCAAUAGAGCCCGGUCAAAUACCAGAGUCAGUAACUUCAAUUGAUUUAGGACAAUCAUUUCUACAAAUGAUUACCAAAAAUGAUGGAUUAUAG